AUGGCGCCCAAAAGGAAACGGCCUUCUGAGCGGCAGGUCCUGGAUGAUGAUGGAUCCAGCAGGCCAUCUCCGUAUCGACCGGAGCGAGGUGCGACCAAAGAUGGUCCGACUGAGAGUCCUGCUCGCCCGGCGACAAGGAUGUCACCUGCAACUUUCGCGUCCGAGUCGGCCGCUGCUACUUCAGCAUCCAGCUUUCCUCCAAAGCAUGACUGCUACGACCACAUCACCAGCGAUGUCAUCUCGAGAUGGAGCACAGGAGGGAGUCAAACAAUUGUCGCGGCGGGAGCGGAAGCGGAUGAGAUGAUCUUGAGCGAAGUUCUACAAGAGCUGACGGAGAGCUGUCUACAUGGUCGUUUGACGGGCAAUCAGGCUGGCGCUGCAGUCGAUGAUGUGGAUGUCGCAUCACAUUUCAUCGACACCAUAUCGCUGCUCGAUGAGGAGUAUCAGAAAAAUGCUACACUCCGCGCGCUCGUAGCGGCUACCUUGAUUGAUCCUCAGGUCUUUCGCCAGGAGCUGGAUAUUCCUCUCCUGCAAGCACUCAGCUUGGUGCGGGAUACCUUUGAGAAGAUGCGCACCCGGAAAUCGACGAAUAUCCUUUACAAACAAGCAAAUUUCAAUUUGCUUCGGGAGGAGAGUGAGGGAUACGCGAAGCUGGUGACGGAUUAUUUCAACACGGUUCAGGACGCAUGCAGCCGACGAGACGACAACCCAAAUAUCGCGGAGGAUGCCUUCCAGCGAGUCAAGGCGUUGGUUGGUGCUUUCGACUUGGACGUUGGCCGUGUCUUGGAUAUCACCCUGGAUGUCAGCGCAAAUCUCUUGGUCAAGGCCUAUCCAUUCCUCAUCAAAUUCUACCGCGCGAGUUCUUGGUGGCCUGAUGCUGAUUCUUUUGACAACAUUCAAUUCGAGGAUCAAGGCUUCAGCACAAUUCCUGAUUGGGCAUUGCCCGGCUCAGGUCGGGUGACGUCAAGCGAGGACGAAGAUUCACGACUCUCAAUCUUAAGGACGACGAGGGAUGUUAAGUUCUGGCGCUCUGUCGCCGAUAAGGGCACGGAUGCCUUCUUCGAGCUCGGAAGUCGGCACAUCAUCAAUUACGAAGCCGUGCUUCCUGUUCUGCAGCAGAAUAUUCCAGUGGAGCUAGAUUCGCGAGGCAAAGAAUCGAAUCCAGAAAAGCGACUGUACUUAGCAGAGCAACGGCGGCACAUGCGAGAGACGCGGACGCUUCCUCCUCAGGGCAACUACGAUGCUGCCCAAUUGCUGGGCUUCAAAUUACGCUUUUAUGCCUCUGCGGCCCGCCAUGCGACAGACAUACUGCCGGAUAAUCUUAUGAAGCUCGCGGCAUUUCUGAUCAAAAUCGGAUUCAUCUCACUAAAAGAUCUCUACCCUCACCUUCAUCCAUCCGACGAGCAAAUGCCGGCAGAACGGACACGCCUGGAAAAAGAAAAGGCCGCUCGGGAUGCUAAAGAUCGGCCAACUGCGGGUGUCAACGCUCUCGCGAUGGCUGCUGCACUCACAGACGAUACGGCGCCUGCACUCCGCAAUACGAGAACUGACAAGGAGCGAGCUGGGGGCGCCACCCCUGGACAGGAUAAGAAAGAGGAACCUGCCGACGACCUUCCGACGCCGGAGAACCAGAAACUACAGUUACUAAAAGCUUUACUCUUGAUCGGAGCACUUCCUGAGGCGCUGCAUAUCAUUGGGAGAUUCCCAUGGCUUCUAGAAGUGGAACCGUCAAUGACACCGUUACUUCAUCGCAUCGCCAAUCACAUGCUGAGCAAGAUGGCGAAGGAUUCUCAGCCUCUGGCUAGUGUGGGCGAUUUCAAUCAAGCACGCGAACAGGUUGCAGACACGGUCGCCCAAUCCGAUGGCCGGUUGUCAUUCAAUGCGAGGCAACAGAUGCGGCCGAUGCGAUGGCUUCACAACGACGUGCACAAUCUUGAAGACGGCAUCGCCUAUGUUCACUAUUAUGCUGACUGGAGCGAUAACAUCCCUGUUUGUCAGACCCUCGACGAUGUAUUUUUGCUCUGCAAUACCUUCCUUGGCCUCCUCGGUCUGAAGGUCGGACAGAACGUCAAGCUAUACGGUACAUUAUUGCGGCUGGCAAAGGCUAGCCUGACGCAUGAUCAAUCAGAAGAUAACCGCGCUCGAUGGCUGGAGAUGAUGAGGCGCCUGCUUGUCCCUGCAUUGAGCUUGAGUAAGCACAACCCUCAUUUGAGCCAAGAAGUCUAUGAGCUGCUCGCCUUCUUUCCAACCGCUACUCGCUAUGGCAUCUAUGCCGAGUGGUUCACUGGAAGGACUUCUCGUCUGCCUGAGAUGCGAAGUGCAUUCGACCGUAACAAGGCCGAAGUCCGCCUCGUCCUUCGGCGGGUUUCCAAUGACACGGGCAAGAAACAAUCGCGCGCGUUAGCCAAAGUGACUCUUUCCUCGCCAGGAGUCGUCGUGAUGGAGAUGGUUAAUCAACUGGAGAGCUACAGCAAUAUGAUUCCAAGCUUGGUGGAGUGUACGCGUUUCUUUUCACCACUUGCGUACGAUGUGUUGACUUGGUGUCGAGACCGACAGCAAGCCGAUGGAAUGUUGACCAGCCCAUGGUUGCAAGCACUGUCACAUUUCGUGGCCUCACUCUACACGAAAUAUUCCAACCUCGACCCCACACCUGUUCUGCAAUACUUGGCAUUUGAGCUCCGCAGUGGAAAUGCCACCGAUCUCGAGAUGAUCGAGCAGAUCCUCGUCGAAAUGGCUGGCAUUCGAUCAGAUGUCGAGUUCAACGAUGCUCAAGUGCUCGCUAUGGCGGGAGGUGAGCAGUUGCAGAGUCACAUUAUGCGACAAUUAUCCGACGCCAGACACGUCAAAGACAAGUCCGCGAAGCGCUUGAUCAAAGCCCUCGCGGAGCCGAAGCUUGUAGGACAAAUCCUUGUAGCUAUCGCGCAGGAACGACAAAUGUACGCCCAUCACGACGGCUCGAGCGAUAUGCCGCUGAAGGUCCUGGGCAAUAACCUCGACAAGAUUCAUGCCAUUUUCGCGCAAUAUCUCGAAGUGCUCAAGACUAAUCUCAAACCGGAUCUGUUUGAGUCUCUGGUUCCAGAAGCCGCACGAUUGGUGGGAGACUUUGGCAUCGAGCCUGGUAUCGCAUUGUCCAUUUCUCGAAUGGCGAUCCGUCAUCGCAUGAGUGAAGCCGAUGCAGCGAAGAAGAAGGCCGAGAUCGAGGAGAAGAAGCUCAAAGCGGCGCAAGCCAAAGCUGAGUCUACCAACGAUGUUGCAAUGCAGGGCGCAGAGGAGGGCGCUGUCCCAGAUGCACCCGAGCUCAAGACCGAGACUUCUAUCAAUGAGGAAAAGGAUAACAAUCCGACACAGAGCCCGUGGCAUCCGGUGUUGCUGCCGGUCAUUGAGCGACUUACAGAGGUUGCUCCUGAAUUGGCUGCGCGGGUCAGCAUUCCUUUCUACGUCACUUUCUGGACGCUCGCACAUCCGGAUUUGUGGGUGCCGACCGACAGCUAUAAGAGGGAAAUCGCUCGCAUCGAUGGCCAAAUGAAUGAGAUCAGCGGGAACCGUUCAGAUAUGAGUGCUGUGGCCUUGAAGGAACGAGACAGGAAGAAGCGAGCACUGCAGGAAGUCCGCGACCGGCUUUCGAACGAGACCAAACCACACCUCAACGCAUACUUACAAGUUCGGAGCCGUAUCAGUGGCAACCACGGCGAAAACCAGCAUUGGUUUCCCAAGAUCGUCGCGAAAAGCGCGAAGCAAGAACAUGCCGCCAAGGACGCUCGACACCUUGGUCUCCUCGAAGAAUGUUUCCUCCCUCGAGCUAUGCUUUCAUCAAUCGAUGCCCAGUAUUCCUUCCACAUGCUGAAGAUGAUGCAUGACAACGGCACCUCCGGCUUCAGUCUUAUGCAUCUGCUUAGUCAGCUCUUCAAGAAACAGUUGCUCGCGUCGCUCAUGUUCCAAUACACUGCCAUCGAGGCACAAAACUUCGGCCGAUUUAUCUGUGAGACGAUGAAGCUCCUACAUAGGUGGCACAGUGACAAGUCCAUCUAUGAUAAGGAGGCCCUCGGCGCGAAGAAGAAACUCCCGGGCUUCGUCAAGACAUUCGAUGAGAAAGGCGACCCGAAGAACGUCAUGGAUUGGGAGGAGUUCCGUCGGUUACUCUUCAAUUUUCAUACCUUCCUCUAUGGCGCUUUGACUGCGUGUUUCGAAUCGGACGAGUACAUGCAUGUGCGCAACGCAAUCAUCGUGUUGAAAUCCGUGCACAUCGUGUUUCCGAUGCUCUCCUUUCAAGGCAAGAACAUGAUCGAGGUGGUCAAGAAAUUCUCCGACAAGGACACCCGCCAGGAUCUCAAACUUGCGGCCAUGUCAUUGCUCGGUCCGCUCAAAAGUGGUGAGAAGAACUGGCUGACGCCGCAGAAAUUCCGGUGCCAGGCGCAGUUCGUCGAUUCAGCCAGACGGCGCGAAAUUGGAUGCUUCGGCGUCGGAGUUCAAGCCGGGUUCCGGUGCGCGAGUCAAUGGUAA